AAACAGUCAAAUGCCAUAGGACAACCGGCCAUUUCCUCCUAAAAAUUAGGGCAGAGGGGAGACAUAUUCCUACCCUUGGCACCAAUUUAUCUUGUGUUGCAGUGAUUUCAACUUAACUUCUUCAUCAACGAUAUUGGAAGUUACAAAGCAAUGCCAGUUAAUCACAUCAAAUCCUUGAGAAGCAUUACCAUCCCAAAGGAGGUAAUUCGCCUAGUGAGCCACAGAACUUUUGCUUCUGGUGCUAAAGCAAAGAAAGGAUCUAAAGGUGGUGCUGCUGCAGAUGGUCCAAAGGCAUCCAUACUGAGCAAAGAAGUUAAAUCCACUACAGUUGUUGGUGCCAAUAUCCUAAAGGACGGGACUGACCCUAAAGUCUUGCCUGAUUCUGAAUAUCCUGAUUGGCUAUGGCACUUACUCGAUAAACGCCUAGCUCUUAGCGAGCUAAGAAGAAAAGACGUGGAAACUCUUCCAUAUGAGGAUCUCAAACGAUUUGUCAAGCUGGACAAUCGAGCUAGGAUCAAGGAAAAUAAUUCUCUCAAGGCAAAGAACUAAGAAAGAAUUCACAAGUAGUAGUAUUUGUUUCGAAAAUUGAUGUUUCUGUCAUGCGUAGUGCUUCAAUAAUUGACUUGUUUUCUGGAGGUGAUCAAGCUAAACUUGUCAAGUUUGUUUAUUUUCUUGAAUUUAUAACAUCCAAUGAUUUAAUCACUACAAAUUAGUUUUAACUUUUAAAUUUUAUGAAUUGUGUUGGUGUUUUAAUA